AUGUCUGCACCAGUGUCGCGCGCUCUCGGGCGCUGUGUUUGCACGGUCAGGAAUACUGCCCAUGUACGGCCGUCGGUGGUGGGAUCUGGAGCACAGCAGAGGAUACAGCGGAGAUGGGCGUCAGGCAAGGCGGCGAACCCCAAGAUUGCGACCAUUGUGGACCAGAUUAGCCAAUUGACCUUGUUGGAGACGGCAGACUUGGUGUCGACAUUGAAGACACGUUUGAACAUCCCCGAUAUGCCCAUGGGCGGAUUCGCUGCAGGCCCCGCCGGCGCCGCCCCCGCCGCCGCCCCAGUUGAGGAGGAGGAAGCCGCCCCCGCCGCCCAAGAGAAGACCAUGUUCAACCUCAAACUCGAAAAGUUCGACGCCGCCGCCAAACCAAAGGUCAUCAAGGAAAUCAAGGCCAUGUUGGGACUGAGUCUGGUGGACAGCAAGAAGUUUGUCGAGAGUGCACCGAAGAUGAUGAAGGAGGGUGUGGCCAAAGAAGAGGCGGAGAAGAUUGUCGAGACACUCAAGGCGUUGGGUGCGACGGUUGUCAUGGAAUGA